AUGGCAAAUAAAAACGUUGUCCAACACUUGCAUCAAAAUAGUAAAUAAUAAAGAAAAUUUAAUAAAAGUAGCUCCUCGAAUACAAUAAAAAUUAGAAUACCAUUUAAAUUGUUUGGUAACACAGGAAUAAAACAACACGAAACAAAGAAGAUAAUAAACAAAACAACGCUUUACGCAAAAAAAAAACAGCAAAAUGUCUACUGAGGAGUUGCCCGACGACUUGGAUAAACUAAAAAUAACAUCAAACAGUGAACAAAUGCAAUUGCGUGAUAGAAAUCCAUUUUACAGCACAAAUGCUAUUAGUGUGAAUGCGAGAACAAUUUCGGCAAUUUUUCCAAAUACAAAGCAUAUGCCGUGUAAAAUGCGUCGCAUUAGGCGGAAAUCAAAAAAUAAUAUUGAUGCCAGCGACUGCGACAUCAAACAAAAACAACUUGGCCAUGAAGAUGCUGUUGUUGUUGAUGAUGACUUUGAUAUUGCGAAACCGCCUGGCGUGCAAAAGCUACAAUUGAAAAAGAACAGUGUGGCUCUAGCAAAGAAAAGUCUAUUGCGCGAACCCAUUUUGCGAGUCGUAGCCAACGAUAAACAGCAUUCCGCGAAAUGCAAUUUUAAUGGAAUGAUUCCAUUACAAUUGGAUGACAAAAGUCGCACAAAUUUUCACAAAUCUCGAAAUCAUAAUAUCAGCAUUAAGUCGAGCAUAAAUAAUGCUUGCAGCUUUCGUGAUCUAAUCGGCGAAUGCAACAUUUUGCUAGAUGAAUCCAAAUCAAAGAAAGUCAUUUCCAAUACUACUAACAGGCCGUUGUCCAAGAACUUUACCAUAUGGCAACAACAACAAAGCGCCUCAGAUGACGUCCAAAAAAAAGAGAGGGAGCGAUCUACAAUUGCCAUCAACAAUAGUGCUAGACUCUCAUGCUCCCAGGAAGCCAGCAACAACAAUCUAGCAACAACAAGCGGAAGGAAUUGCGACGAUGUGACCAUUGGCGAGCUGGCCAGCUAUUUUGAUACUAUGGUGCACAUUCCCAAAAAAAUGUCCUCGAUGGCGGAAAUGAUGUACAUCUAAGAUUUGUUAAAAGGGGCACACUGCCAUUUGUAAUUACAUAUUAAUACAUACUAUAAACAAAACGCAUAGCUGUAAAUAUACGCAUGUGUAUGUAACGCUCUAUAUUUGUAUAUGUAUAGUUGUGUUUUCUUGUAAAUAAGUAUAUUUCAAUGAAUGUCAUUAGAUUAAUUGAAUUAAUUAAUGUACAUACAUAUGUAAAUAUAUAUAUGUAUAUUAAUAGAUUUACGCAUAUUUCGGUAUAAAUGAGAAUUAAAUUAAUAUGGUUUUUAUUGUUUAGCAA